AUGGCAGGAGGAAUAAUGGGAGCUCCAAUGCCAAUGAGAGGACCAAGACCAAGAAAACCAGCAGCACCAGCUGACGAUGACUCAGCGGCAGCAAAGACUGAGACACCAGAGGAAGGUGUAGAAGCAACAUCAAGAAGAAGAUUAAUGAAGAAAGGACGCUGCGCUCGUACAAGAAAGUUCAAAACAGAAGAAGAUGAAGACUAA